CUUGUGGAAAACUUUGAAAAUUGUAAACUAAGUUUUGUGCAUUUUGGACAACAGCUGGUCUUUGCCCAAUUACUAAAAUAAAUAUUUCAAUAAAAUUAAAUCUAGUCUUUUCUGUGAUUGUAAGUGUGUUGCUUAAUUAUGCAUUAUGUUCAGAAGUAUUUGGAUAAACUGCAAUUACCCACGAUGAAUAAUAUUCCGAUCAGUAAUGGAUAUAAAACAAAUAUUUUUCUAUACUGUAACUAUUACAGUUUCUAUUCUCAAAAGGUUUUAAUGGCACUGUAUGAGAAAAAUAUCGAAUUCGAACCACUAGUUAUAGAUAUCACUAAGGGUGAACAAUAUUCUCCAUGGUUUCUUGAAAUAAAUCCUCGCGGAGAAAUUCCAGUUCUCAAAGUAAAUAAUUCAAUUAUACCAGAUUCUACACGAAUUUUGGAUUAUUUGGAACUUUACUUAGAUCAAGAAACAACACCACUACUUGAAGUAUCUCAAGACAUUAAAGUGCUAUCCAAUAUAAAUAAGUUUAGAGAUCUUAUCGAAGCUCUGCCAGCUGGUCUCAUAACUAUAGGAUCAUUCUUUCAUCCACACCUAAGUGGUACUCCGAAGCUACCAUUUAUUUUGCCUGUUCGAGAAGUACUUAAAAAUGGUGAUUUAAGUAGCUCUAAAAAUUUACGCAAAUUGGCUGAAGAAAAUCCUAAAGCUAAGGAUGUAUUGUUGUAUAAAGCAGAGAUUCAGGAUAGGAAGCAUGAAAUACUCACGAGUGAGGAAGAAUAUUUGAAGGUGUUAUAUAUCGUUGAUGAGGUAUUAAGCCACGUUGAAGAGCAGCUCAAACAACAAAAUGAAGAUAGUUGGCUUUGUUGUGAAAAAUUUAGCAUAGCUGACAUUAGUUUGUCUGUGCUUCUCCAACGUUUAUGGGAACUUGGAUUGGAAGAAAGGUUCUGGGCAGAAGGGAAACGCCCGUAUAUAGAAAACUACUUUAAUCGCGCUAAACAACGUGAAUCCUUUAAAAAAACCAUACCUAACCUACCCGUACAUAUUAAAAUGAUUAUUACAUCACAGCCUCGAGCAUAUGUAGGAGCAGCUGGUGUAGUAUCUCUUGGAGUAGUUUUCGUCCUUGCGUACGUUUUCAAGAAAUUGAUUCGUUAAUUAAAUUAAAGAUUUUUUAAAUAUAGGGUACUUUAUUGUAAUGCCUUCUUGUUUCUUAAAAUGUUCACGGGAUAUAUUUAUUUUUCAACCGACUUCUAAUUUGAAUCACCAAUGAAUCUGUGCUUUAAGUAUUUGUUUUAUAAUUUAUUUUUGUGUGAAUGUGUUGCAAAUUGACUAGAUUGUAUAACAUUUUUGAAUUUUCCUAUCUUCUUUUAUACUUUUUCUUGCAUAGCUAUCUAUUUAAGUAAUUGCGUCGAUUACGUAGUCGUAAAAAAAUUGUUUUCAACCACUGGUUGAGAAGGAUCGAGAUUUAGAUAAAUAUGGGAAAUUAUUGUAUUUUUUUAAUCAAAAAUCAAUAUCUAAAUUAAUUUAUUAAAGUGUUUAUAAA